UGAAUCCAUAAUGUCAAACAGAGCGCGACUGUUGGUGGAACUAGCUCGAAAUUCAGCAUCUAGUGCAGUAGCCUCUCACCAAGUGCCCAAAGACGAUAACAUUAACAAUUUUGCGACCCAAUUGAACGAUGCAUCAGAUCCUCAAAGAACAGAGAGCAUGGUUCAAGUGUCAGUUCAAGAUCUAUUAGGAAAUGCAGAAUUGGUAGAUAAUCCAAUUUUAACAGUCCUAGAAGAAAUCCCAAAAGAAACAUCGCAUUCCAAAACUGAUGAAAAGUUAUAUUAUUUGGAACAAAACACAGAUUCUGAUAGUGGUAUUGUACCAAUAAUUGACUAUCAGGAAGAAGUUGUAGCAGAUGAAGAAGAGGUCCAUGAUGCAACUUCAGAUACUGAAAGACAUUCAGAACCAGAUCCAUUUCAGGAAAGUGGCAGCGAGUAUCUGCCAACAGAUACUGACUCAGAAAAUAGUUUAGGAAACGAAAACGUUGAAAACCAAGGAGGUGGAAACCAAGAAGAUCGUCGGACACCGGAUGGAAGAACAAAAAAACGUAAGAGUAAAGGGCAAAGAGAUCCAUCGCAAUGGAAACGAGCAAAAAAUUCGCAAGCGAGACUUAAAGGCCAUGCAUACAUGGGAUUUCAGAAAAAUACUGGAGGCAAGUACCAGCAAACAGUCUGUAGAGUUCAGCGCAAAGUAAAGCCGUCAUGUGGGGGACACAAAAAUGACUCUAAGGGACCACAACAAAAAUUUGAAUGUUUGCAAAUUACAAAUGAAAUGCGUAAUCAAAUAUUUCAAUCUUUUUGGGAAAUUAGUUCUUGGGAAGAUAAUCCAGAGUCUACCAAAAAAUAUCACGUAUGCAAGAAAAUGUUUUUAGCCACUUUAGGUAUUGGAGAAAGAUGUGUAAGAGAAUGGGUUUUAAACAAAUGUUUACCAAAUAUGGAGCUAGGUAUUGAACCGGCUUUAGUAGAGCCACCUCAGGAUUCCGAAUGCACAAAAAAUGUUAAUCAAUUCUUAGACAGCUUGCCUAAAGUUGAAUCGCACUACUGUCGAGCAUCCACUAGGAAACUUUAUUUGGAACCCACUUGGAAUAGUUACAGACAUUUGCAUCGUGAGUUUAUUAACUAUUGUGAACGUCAAAACCUAAGACCUUGUUCUUGGAGACUUUUCUAUAAAACUUUUAAGACAAGAAAUCUUGAAAUUUAUACACCUCGUAAGGACCAGUGCAACACAUGCGUGAAUUUAAGUCAAGCAGAUUACGAUAGUCACGUUGCCAAGAAAGAACAGGCACGGUCAGAAAAAGAGCAAGACAAACAAGAAGCUAUCUCAUCAGAGGCAGGAAACUCAAAGUAUGUCUACACUAUGGACUUACAAGCUGUUCUUCUUUGUCCUUUUACCCAAGCCUCCGCCAUGUACUAUAAACAAAAACUGAAGGUUCACAACCAAACAUUUUUUAAUCUUAAUAACAAAGAUGUGUCUUGUUAUUUAUGGCACGAGGGAAAUGGAGGUUUAGACAGCGAUGUUUUUGUUUCCAUUUUAGUAAAGUUUCUUAAUGAAGAGAUAGAAAGGCAGAGCCCGAAGGUAAUAAUCCUAUGGAGCGACGGUUGUACCUACCAAAACAGAAAUGUGAAUUUGUCAAAUGGUUUGCUGGAGAUAGCCAUGGAAAAAAAUAUUAUUAUUGAACAAAAGUACCUGGAGGUAGGACAUACCCAGAUGGAGGUGGAUUCAGUCCAUAGUGUAAUAGAGAGAAAGCUGGGAAGAAGAAAUGAUAUAGCUGUUCCCGCCGAUUAUAAUAAAAUUAUAAGAGCGGCCAGGCAAAACCCAUCCCCUUAUAAAGUAGUGUCUCUGCAUUUCAACGAUUUUUUGCAAUACAAAAAAGGAAUGUAUUCACAAAUUCGACCUGGAAGCAAAAAAGGUGAUCCCUGUGUUACAGACAUUUGUGCAUUGCAGUAUCUUCCUGAAGGACUAAUAAAAUACAAAAUAAAUUUUUCGGAUGAAUGGCUCGAACUGCCACGUAGACCAUGUCGUACUAGAACUUCUUUCUCUCACGAACCUCUAUAUUUAUCUCCUCGCCAAAUUGAGGAUACAAAAUUCAUACAUCUUCAAGAAUUGAAAUCUGUCAUCGAAUCAGAUUACCAUGGAUUUUAUGUCAAUUUAAAGCACAGCUGCAAGUCUGACCAAGUUUGUUCACAUAUCAAAAAUUAA